CCAGGCCAUGCCCCAGUGACCACCUCCUCUGACCAGGCUUCCAAAUGGCAAAUAGCUAUAAACUCAUCAGUGGGCUAAUCCACAGAUGAAUAUCCUGCCUCCACGGUUCAGUCAUCUCCAAACAGCCCUUCCUGUGAGUGCAUGAGGCUUUGGGAGGACAUCUGUAUAGGAACCAUGACAGUAUGCAAGGAUAUGGAGUUGGUAGGAGCGGGGGACCCAGGGACAUUUGAGAAGUGGGGAAAUACAAGCCCAUUCUGGCCAGUUCCAAAAGGUGAUGUGUCCUCUUUCUACUGUCCCCCUCUUGAUCUGUCUGUGACUGUUGAGGUUUCUCUGGGAAUGAAGACCAUCUGUGACUAUGAGUCGUGACUUUAAGCAUGGGGCUUAUGACUUCAGGAGAGCAAGGCACAGCCCGGGAAGAGCUACUGUCCAUCGGAAGCCUGGACUCAACCUUGUUCUGGCACCAGCUAACCCGCCCUCCUGUUGUGAAUCUAGGAGUGACCUCCACGUUGUUCUCAGACCCCACCAGUGAGACUGGAUGCCACACACAUCCUAGUUGUGGCUUCAUGGACCAAAUUAAGCAGAAAUGCUCUGCCUCGAGUCCUGGCCCCUGGCAGUUACCCUUCAGGUUCUGUCUGAACCCGUCCAGUUGGUUCAUUUUGGAGUUGAAUCAUCUUUCUGGAUGUUGUCCUUUCAGCCUCCAGUGCUAGGUCUUGAGGAAGAAAGUGGAGCUGACUGGACUGGUUCUUGGGUGAAGACUUGUAUUUCCCUAAUAUUUCACUGCCCCAGAAGACCUGUCUCAGGCACCUAGAUGGUUGCAGUCCAGAGAAGGAGUCAUCACAUAUAUCCAGCAUGGGGUGUACAGUUGCCCAGAGGACUUGAAAGCCUGUAUCUCUAGCAGCUCGAGGACAGGCAGGUCUGCCUUUUACUGCUCUUGUUGUACCCCCUAACCAUGUCCCUGCCUCUUCCUGAGCCCCAAGGUGUUUCCACUGACCCACAGAGAGCCUCGUCAGACCCACAAGGAACCAUGAGGCUGUGAAUGUCUGGUGAAGGUGAACCUUCUAGAGUUUGCAAUGAUAACAAACAGCCCACUGCAACACAUGUGCCAUAGGUUGGCCACCACUUGGUCUACACAACAGAGGUGACCCUCCGCCUUUGCUGUUCAGGAUGUAGUACAGGUCUGGCAUGCAGCAGGCGCUCAGUGUUUGGGGGAUAAACGAGGGAGGCCAAGAGAGACAGAAAACAUUUUGGAGUCCAAAGGAAGCCCUGCCCCUGAGAUGGAGACUGAAAGGUUAGUUUUAGGCCUUGGGGGCAGCUGGAGGGCAGUCCCUGCUACAGCACUUCCUGGUUGGAAAUAGGGUUACCUGGGCUCUCUCCCCCUACUCACUAAAUGGGACCGUGGUGGUGGGGGUGGUAAAGCUCUCAGGUGUCUGUUUCCCAGUAACCAGGGGCUGGGCAGGGGAGCCAGGGUGCUAACCAGAGACUACCGGCAUCUUGAAGAGGGCUUGAGCUGCCUCCUGUCUGAGAAAAUCAGGCUCCAGCCACUUCCUGGAGAAUAUCAAACCCCACCUCCAGCCCUGAGUCCUGGCUGCUCCACCUUCCCCACCCUAGUGCUACCUGUCAGACCUGAGCUGCAGUGAAUGUAGCUAGAGAGCUGGUGGCCGUGGAGAACUGAAGGCUCUGCUAAGAACUGCACUGCCAGCCAUGCUUGGGGAUCUCUGGGCAAGGUGGCUGGCAGGCAAAGGGCUGCCCCUUCUAGGUGCAGUGGCACUGCCGAAGAGAGAGAAGAGGGCACCUCAGCAGAGGCACGGGCAGCGGGAAACCCACCCAUACUAUGACCUCCAGGUGAAGGUGCUGAGGGCCAGAAACAUCCAGGGCACAGACCUACUGUCCAAAGCCGACUGCUAUGUGCAAUUGUCGCUGCCCACGGCAUCCCCCAGCCCCGUCCAGACAAGGAUGGUAGCUAACUGCAGUGACCCUGAAUGGAACGAGACCUUCUGCUACCAGAUCCAUGGUGCCGUGAAGAAUGUCCUAGAACUCACCCUGUAUGACAAGGAUGUCCUGAGCAGCGACCAGCUGUCUCUGCUCCUGUUUGACCUGAGAAGUCUCAAGCCUGGCCAGCCCCACAGACACACCUUCUCACUGACCCAGCAGGGCUCCCAGGAACUGCAGGUGGAGUUUGUUCUGGACGAGAGCCAGGAGCAGGCACCUGAGGUCAUCACCAAUGGAGUCCUGGUGGCUCACCGCUGUCUGAGAGUCCAUGGCACCCUCGAGGGAGACCGGACCAUCCCCCAGCGAGAAUAUGGCUCCAGGCAGGUGGAACUGGCAGUGCCUGGGGCCUACGAGAAGCCGCAGCUCUUGCCCCUGCAGUGGCCUGAGGAGCCAGGCCUCUCGCCAACCUUCACCUUCCAUGUGAACCCUGUGCUGAGCUCCUGGCUGGACGUGGAGCUGAAAGAGAAGCUCAGGGUUCUACAGAGCGGCCCGAGGGCUGAGUUGGAGCCUCAGACCAGCAAGCUGGGCCAGGGCAGCUUCCUGCUUUCCUCUCUGCCCCUGGGCCGGGAGGAGCGGCGCCUCGUGGGCCUGGGGGAGGGCCAGGAGGUGGCUCUGUGGGUGAAGGCAGAAAUGAGCUCUGGGGACCUGGACUUGCGCCUGGGCUUUGACCUCUGUGAUGGUGAGCGGAAGUUCCUGGUCAAGAGGAAAGCAGUGGUGGCCCAGGCCCUGCAGCAGGUGCUGGGGUUGAGUGAGGCUCCUCACGGUGACCAGGUCCCUGUGGUGUCUGUGCUGGGCUCUGGGGGUGGAACUCGAGCCAUGUCUUCCCUGUACGGCAACCUGGUGGGGCUGCAGGAGCUUGGCCUCCUGGAUGCUGUGACCUACCUGAGCGGGGUCUCUGGGUCCACCUGGUGCAUCUCCACACUCUACAAGGACCCAGCUUGGUCCUGCAUGGCCUUGCAGGGCGCCAUUGCACGUGCUCGGGCUCGGGUCUGCAGCAGUAAGAUGGGGGCAAUGUCCAUGGAGCAGUUGCAAUACUAUGCUCAGGAGCUGGGGGCCCAGGAGAGGGAGAGCAGCGGCCAUGGGGCGUCCCUCAUUGACCUCUGGGGGCUCCUCAUCGAGUAUUUUCUGAACCAGGAGGAAAAUCCUGCCAAGCUGUCUGACCAGCAGGAGGCAGUCAGCCAGGGUCAAAACCCUUACCCUAUCUACGCCGGCAUCAACGUCCGCACCAACCUGAGUGGGGAAGACUUUGCAGAGUGGUGUGAAUUUACUCCGUAUGAGGUCGGCUUCCCCAAGUAUGGAGCUUAUGUUCCCACCAAGCUCUUGGGCUCCGAGUUCUUCAUGGGGCGACUGCUGGAACUCCGGCCUGAGCCUCGCAUCUGCUACCUGCAAGGUGAAUGUAGGCCCGAAGGCUGGCACAGGAAGUGUUGUGGCCAGGCCCUGACGUUAGGGGCUCUGCCUGUCUGCUCAGGUAUGUGGGGCAGCGCCUUUGCAGCCAGCCUGGACGAGAUCUUCCUGAAGACCGCUGGCUCGGGGCUGGGCUUCUUGGACUGGCACAGAGGCAGCGUGAACAUCACCGAUGAGUGCCCACAGUCCCAGCCUCAUGACCCCUCAUGGCUGCGCACCAGGCUCUUCACCCCGCAGGGGCCCUUCUCACAGGCUGUGCUGGACAUGUUUACCUCCCGCUUUGCUUCCACCCAGAACUUUAACUUCAUGCGGGGCCUCUGCCUGCACAAGGACUAUGCAGCCUGCAGGGACUUCGUGGCUUGGAAAGGCACACACCCGGACGCCCUCCCCAACCAGCUCACACCCAUGCGGGACGGCCUGUGCCUGGUGGACGGAGGCUUUGCCAUCAACUCUCCCUUCCCGCUAACCCUGCUGCCCCAGCGGGCGGUGGACCUCAUUCUGUCCUUUGACUACUCCCUGGAAGCCCCUUUUGAGGUCUUACAGAUGACAGAGCAGUACUGCCUGGACCGAGGACUCCCCUUCCCCAGGAUCGAGGUGGGCCCCGAGGACGUGGCUAAGCCCUGUGAGUGCUAUCUAUUUGCUGAGGCUGAGGACCCUCAGGCCCCCAUCGUGCUGCACUUCCCACUUGUCAACCGCACCUUCCGCACACACCUGGCCCCAGGUGUGGAGCGGCGAACAGCUGCGGAGAAAGCCUUUGGGGACUUUGUCAUCAACGGGCCAGACACCCCCUAUGGCAUGAUGAACUUCACCUAUGAGCCCAAAGAGUUUGACCGCCUGGUGGCCCUGAACCGCUACACCAUUCUGAACAAUGCAGAGACCGUGAGGCUUGCCCUCCAGCUGGCUCUGCAGCGGCGGCAGACUGCGGCGAGGGCCCAGGCCUGAGCAGGUGGGACUACAGGACAGAGGGGAGAUGCAGGGCUCAAAGCCAGUGCCUGCUGAACAGGAAGUGGUGGGCUCUUCUGCUUCUCCAUCUCCAGCACCUGCCCUGAAGUCUUCCAGGCCCAGAAAGUCUUGCAGACCUGCAGCUUGGCUUCGGGACAAGGCCUUCUCUUGUGUUUCUUGGAGAAGAUGGGGCAGUACAUCCCUCUGGGGCUCUAGGGAUGCAGGGCCAAAGAGGGCAGUGUCACCACAAGGCCCUCACGGACCCAGAAGGCCCUUGGUGCAGGUGCUCAGAGCCUCACUGAGGUGUGAGGUGCCUUCUCUCGGUGAGCACUGAAAUGCAGCUGCCAUGCUUUCUGUAGUGGCAUUGGAACUCUGCCUGCUGAGCUGGAUUUUGCGCUGUCAAGAAUAAAGAGGGCCAUGUGGCUCGCCAGCCUGUG